AUGACCACGCUGCUUAUCACGCUUCUGCUCGCGGGUGUGUCUGGGCAACCGGAUGUGGUGCCAUUGCAGCAUCAUCCGCGGUAUCCAGGAAGCCUGGACUCGACUGCCCUCGGCAAUCUGAAGCAGAAGAGCGUCUUGGACCAGGAGCUUGACUUGAGCAUCACGCGUGCCCAUGCGCUGGUGGCCGAGCUCUUCGUGGGAACGCCGCCGCAGAAGAUGACCUGUUUGCUGGACACGGGCAGCUCUGACCUUUGGAUCCCUUCCAAGCACUGCCAAAGCUGCGAGAAUCAGCACCUCUUCCAUGCCGACAGGUCCUCAACCUUCGUGCCCGAGCUGCACGAGACUGCACGGGGCCGGCGCCCUUUAGCAGUGCGUAUCAGCUAUGGAAGCGGCCAGAUCACUGGCUACAAGGUGCAAGACACGAUCAGCUUCGGAGGGCGCACGGUCCGCAACCAGACGUUUAUCAUCGUGGAAGAUGCCCUCCUUCCUCCAGACCGAGACUGGGACGGAAUCUGCGGUCUGGGCUGGGAGACUAUCUCGCAGCUGGGCCAUCCACUGUAUACCAGGUUCCAGGAGAUGGGUUUCAAGGCGAUGUUCACCUUCGUGCCGCAGGGCAGCCGCUCUGCGCAUCUCUCGGUGGGCCCCUUUCCCCAGCACGCAGUCAAGCCUGGCACCACGGUCUGGGCGGAUGCCGAAGCCGCAGGUAUUCACGGAGGGCAGCGGAGCUUCUGGGUAACCACCGGCGGCAUCGCAGUGCACAAGCAGACGCCUCAUCCGGCCCGCUUCCUCGUGGACACAGGCACCAACCAAGUGCUGCUAGCCCCGCGACACCUCUACAUCAGCAUCAUGCGGUCGGUGCUGCCGAAGGAUAAGUUCAAUGAUCUCUGUGGCAUUGACCACAUGAAAGGCGGCGUUGUCUUUUGUGACUGCUCGAUUGUGGAAGCCUCGCGAGACCUCGCGCCUCUCCGCAUCUUCAUCGCAGAGCACCCAUUCGAGUUGCCGGUUGAAGAAAUGUUUAUCCGGGUGCCAGCCAAGAAUGGCUUUGGAGAGGCUUGCAUGUUGGCCAUUCAGCCGAACAACAUGGAGAUCGGGAACGGCUUGGGCCCGGGCGUACCUCUUCCGCUGCCUUUCGGAGGCCUCGGAGGGCUACUUCGAGAACUGCCGAAGCUGGAUGGCUUUCCUUUUCCCUUCCCGAAGCUUGGGCCUCUGUUUGGCGAAACCGAGGAGCCCAGCUCGGGUUCGCCCGCGCCGGCUGCAUCCCCCCCUGAAAAAGGGCUCGGCAUGCCUCUCUUCGGGGAGGGCACAGCAGGCAAGGGCGCGCUGCCCCUGCCCAAGAUCCUCCCUCUCUUCGGCGAGAAGGGCUCCGGAAACUCGAUGCCUUCAGUCGGAGGCCUUCACAUCGGACCCCUCGGUAAAGGGGUCUUGUCAGAGCAGGUUCAGGAGCAAAUCCACACUCGUCCGGAUGGGACGGUGUGCAAAACUACUAUCGUCGUCGUCAACGGCAAGGAGAAAAGUCGAACGGAAGACUGCUCGAAGCCUCGAGCAGACAUGGCCGACGAGGUCAGGCGGCUGCAGCUGGUGGUUCCCAUGGGCGGCAUUCUGGAGCUGCCGCUGGAUCCAUCGGGUGAUGUGAGUGACCAAGAUGAGGGCCCCGAAAUGUGGGUUUUAGGCGGCAUGUUUCUGCAGCGGUUCGUCGUGUCCUUCGACUUCGACCAG